AUGGCUUCCUUCAUGGAAGAGCUGUGGUCAAGCAUCUUCACGCCAGGCCCCACCCCUACCCUCCUGAUCGCGACAAAUGUGACCUUUGCUGCCCUCCAACUCGUCUUUUUUGGCCUCCUCCUCGCUACCUCCAGCCUCCACUUUGUCGCACUCUCCCUGAUUAGUGCUGGUCUGUGGUACUCCAUCAACUGGUUCGCCCAUGAGGUGCGCAUAGCCCAGGACGCCCAGAACGCCGAGAAGGAGAAGGCCGAGGCAGACACCGCCGACAGGAAGAAGGAAUCCGGGGACAAGGCCAGUAGCCCCGGUCCGGGUGCAGGCGCGGACGCCGACAGUGAAACAGAAACCGAGUCCAUCACUCGGGGCAAGACGGGGCGAUCCGCCACGGCAACGGGCAGUGCCUCCUCGGCCAGACUCCAGCCUGCUGAGCAGGAUCCUCGAAAGCGUGUUAGCUCUGGUGGAGAUAGUUCCGGGUAUGGGAGCACCGAUAGCGAGUGGGAGAAGGUGGAUGACAAGGCGUGA